CGCACGUCAUGUCUUUGAGUGGCCUCCUCGCCAGGAACAGGCCCGAGACACCGAGAUAGUAUUCCAUCCAAAUCGCGACCUGUUUCUGACACGCUCAAAUCUGGCAACAACCCGAAAGUAAUGAGAGCGUCGUUAUAGCACUGCCAGAUACUCAUAACCUCCCGAUAUGAUCAACGCAUUCCUUGUCUUCAAUGGCCAAGGCCAGCCCCGCCUAACCAAGUUCUACACCCAGCUCGAUACAUCAAUUCAACAACGCCUCAUCUCUGAAAUCUUUACGCUCGUCUCCAACCGCGCCCCAGGGUCCUGCAACUUCCUCCCCCUCCCGCCCCUCCUCGCCGCCUCGUCGACAAGCAACACCUCCUCUUCUGCUCAAGACCAAAACGACGUGCCCUCGUUCGUGACCUACCGCAACUAUGCGACGCUCUAUUUCAUCAUUAUCUCGACGUCGACCGAGUCCCCCCUCGCGCUGAUCGACCUGAUCCAGGUGUACGUCGAGGCGCUGGACCGGCUGUUUGAGAACGUGUGCGAGCUGGAUUUGAUCUUCAACUAUGAGACGCUGCAUGCCACGCUUGGGGAGAUGGUGGUUGGCGGGGUGGUGAUUGAGACAAAUAUGGAGCGGAUUGUUGCUGGGGUGAAGGCGCAGGGGACGGUGGCCAAGCGGCCCGUGAAUGAGGGUCGCGGUGGAGGGGGAUUGGGAGCGGGAUUGGGCGCGGGGCUGGGGAUGGGUGGGAUGGUUUGGCCUGGUACGAGGUGAGGUUGGUGUACUGGCUGGAUGAUACGACAUUUCACGGCAUGACAUGGCAUCACGGAGUUGGCCCAUUGGCAGGAGCAAGCCGAGUCAGAGAGCGUGACUGGAAGGUGAGCCGAGAGCUCCGGCAUCAUUCAUUCAUGGCGGCCAGAAAUCGCCGCGCCAUUGCUGCCGGGUAUCCAACGCCAAACUCCGGGUGGUGGAACAAUACUAUACAACAGGUGAGGGGACAGUAUGGAAACGAUUUCCACAUCAUUACUUGCUGGACGCCUGUGAGGACGGCUUGUCCUUGAUGGUGAGCUUCCUCGAUUCGUCGGUAAAGACGCCAA